GGGCGCUCUCUCAGUCUGUGUCGAGGCGUCGAGCGAUCGCCAUGGUCGCGUCUUGCAACAAGUGAACGCGAUCAUGCCGCUGUUCUCCGACUACUACGGCAGCCCCUUCGGGGGCUACGGCGGCUACAACGGCUACAACGGCUACAACAGCAGCCCGGUGCUGUUCCGUGACCCGGUGACCCCGCGCAGGUACGGCCCCCUGCUGACCACCAUCGUCGAGAGCGGCCUGACGCCGUCGGCGCCGCGGCGGGUGCCGGCCUACGCCAGGCCCAGCCCGUACGUGCCGCCCCCGAAACUCUACUCGUCGCCCCUCGUCACCCGCACCUACCAGCGGCCGGUGCGCAUGGACACGGACAACAUCGACGUGUCCGGCGUCAGGAAGAUCAACCUUCGGAGGGCCGAACCUGCCGAGGCGGCGCUGACCAAGGACGGCGACACGCGCGGCACCAUCAAGAGGGGCAGGACGGUGGUGCGGAUCCACACCAAGAAGCAGAAGGACAACCCUGACAUCGACAAACGCAGACGCAUGACCCCUGGCGAGCGACUCAAGGAGAAGUUCAUGAUCAGGGACUACGACGCCGAGAGGAAGAAGAAGGACGAGGAGGAGGAGCGGCGCCGAACCACGGAAAGGGAGGAGGCGGAACGCAGGUACCGCAGGCUCAUGUGCGUCGAGGUGCAGCAACCGGUGGCCCCGCAGGUCAGGACGGUCACCCAAGACCUUCUCCAGCCCAAGCAGCACGAGGAGGAGGAGGAGGAGAGCUCAGGGUCGGACACGGAGACGGAGGAUUUGCAGGAAAACAGAAAGGUGAGGAGCGUGAAAAAGAAGAAGCGGCGGAAAAACAGACAGAGUUCUGUGAAGAAGAAGGAAGAAGUAGCCCCUGUGGCGCCUCCUCGGAGCAAAAAGCCCGCAGAGGUGGAGGAACCUGCGAAAAGGGCGCCAAAAGACCGCGUCAAGUCGGUCAAGGCCGGCGGCGUGAGUAAGCGAGUGGCCGCCACCAAGAAGUCCAUCUUGCUGCCGCCCAAGGAGGAGGUGCAGAUUUCCAAGGAAAAGAACAAGGGCCGCACUUCGGAGCCCCUCGGAGACAUGAUGAAGUCCUUCUCAGACUUUUUCCUCAAUUUCGGAAAGCAGAAAAAACAGGAACCUGCUGCGAAGCCGGAGCCCGUGGACAGCAAGGAGCCCAGAGGCAUUUUGAACUCGGACAUAAUCGGCAAAAGGAAGAGCGUCGUUUGCCUCGAGUACAGGGCGAGCGUGCGAGUGGCGCGAGUCGUGGACAAGGAGAACGCACGUCCCGCUCUGGUGGGCAGCAAAAGUUUGGACGGCGAAGAAAUCGGCAACGGGGACAAGGCCGCGAAAACGGAGCAGCAGCCGGUGUGCCAAAAUAAUAAAGCGAAUUUGGCAGAAAAUAAAUUCGCGGCAGCCAAAAAGAAGCAAGAAGCCGACUGCUUUUUCUUGUUCGAUAAGGAGUCCGUGGAAAUGGUGACGGGCAACGCUGCUGGCCCCGCGCCAGACACCGAGCAAACGACGCAGGUGUCCGCGCCGAGUUCAAAAGACGGCAAAUUGAGUCGCAUUCAAAGCGGCGAUCAGAUCAAAAGCAUUGACAGUCCCAGGAAGUUGAAGGAAAAAGCGCCGGAAAUCCCCAAAGUAGAGGAAAAAGAAGCGCCGUCCAAAAAUACGCUCGUCAGUUCUCCAGCGGCGGCGAAAAAUAUUGAAGCGCAAACGCCAAAAAUUAAAGUAACCACUCCGAUUAAGGAAGUAACAAAAACCGUUGAGGUUAAAAAGGAAAAGUCUCCCGAGGCCCCAAAAGCUGUUAAAUGUAAAGAAAUUCCCAAAUUAGAACCAGUAAGGCUGAAACAAGAAGAAAAAUCUCUUGAUAUUCCCAAAAGCAAAGUCACAGAGCCGACUGAAAAAAUUUCAAAAGCGGUGGAAGUUCCCAAAGUGGAAGAUAAGGCGCCCGAAAAAGCACCAAGGCUAGAUAUUAAGAAGAAAGAGGAGAAAUUACCUGAAAAAGUUCAAGAGGCUGAACAGAAAAGCCCUGAAUUAUUUAAUGAAAAACCAAAAGAUGUUAUUACAAAUGCGGAGAAAAGUUUUAUUGCUGCAAAGAUGGAAAUUUCUCCUGAAAAAUUAAAUAACAAAAUAGCUCCUGAAAGUCCAAAAAUUGUCAAAAAAGUGGCCGAGCAGAGCCCGAAGAAAACAAGUAAUAACAUUUUAGCUGUAGCUGAGAAAUUCCAGAAACCGGCUGAAACAAAGCCAGAGAAAGAGUCUGAAAAAAUCCCCACCGUUAGUGAGAAAAAAGAAAAGUCGCCCGAAAAAGUGCAAGAAGCGCCAAAGGGUUUAGAAAAAGUUGAUGAAAAAAUUGCAGAAGUGACCCCGUUAGUUUUUAAGAAGAAAGAGAAAAGUCCUGAAAAAGUAGCACCUGCCGAGAGUCCAAAGGUAAAAGAAAAAUCACCAGUGAAGCAAAAGCAACCGGACAUUGAAACGAAGCAGGUAAAUUCAAAACCUGUUGUAGAACUGGAAUUACCGCAGAAAAAAGAGAGCUUGCCUGUCAAGCCGGUGGAGGAGAAAGAAAAGUCCCCUGAGAAGCCUCAGAGAAGUCCAAAGGAGCCAACAAGCCCCAAAGCAGCACCUACAAAAAUUAAAGUCGUUCCUCAGGAACAAAAAAUUGUUGAGUCACUCCCCAAGAAAGAAUCAACUCCUAUUAAAGUCCCAGAAACGGCAAAGCCUGUCCCUGAGACUCCGAAAAGUCCAACCGAAAAACUUGCAGCUAAAAAAGAAACUGUCCCUGCCACAAGCCCUGCUGAAAGCGCCAAAAGUGCAGUUGAAAAAGUCCCUGUUGAUGCUCCGAAGAAACCUGAAAGAGCUCAAAAGGUGGCAGAGAUCACAAAGAUUCCAGAGCCGGUAACUCUGAAGGUUGCUGAGGUCACGAAGGUUCAAGAACCUCCGAAGAACUUCAGCCCAAAGAGCAGCCUGAAGAUGUUGCAGUCGAUGGCGAACAAGAAGGUUGACGACAAGGCGGACAUGAGCAACAUCCUGUUUGCGAAGGACAGCGUGAAGCAGAAGCCGCUGAUUCUCAGGUCGCGGCCUUCGACGGUGAAGAAGCAGCCCAAGGCCAAGUUGGCGCUGGUCAAGCCUCCGCAGGUCAAAGCCUUCCCGGCGCCCGCAAAGCCCCUCUUCAUGCAAGACACGUUCGCCAAGCUGCAGGAGGCCUUCAACAAGCAGCAGCAGCAGCAGCAGCAACCUGAGAGGAAGCAACCUGUGAAGCUGAAGAAGAUGCGCGCCCGCACCGACCUGAGCGCCGAGCUGCUGGACAGCGCCGACGAGGAGCAGGUCAAGACCAAGGCCGAACUGCAAAAGUCGCAGUCCUCGGGGGGAAUCAACCGGCAGGACAGACACACGGUCAGGAACAUGAAGUUCCGACCUGACAGGGUCUCCACCGUCAGACACCAGGCCCUCAAGAUGUCCGUCAAGGAGCCCAAGCAGGAAGGUCAAGAGUCUGACUCCGACUCGGACGAUUCGGACACCGAGACCGAGUCGACGCUGUCUUCAGGGUCGGACACUGAGACCGAGGAAGGUCAGGCCAAGGUGGACAGGAACAGCACCAGCUCGCAGGACUCUGGCUUCGGCAGCAACCCCAACAGCCCCCAGGCCUCCACCAACUGCGCGCAAUCGCUGGACGUGCGAGACGCGAGUUCGCCGAACCCUCGGCGGUUGUCGGCGACCCUGAGCAGCGACUCUGAGUCCGGCGAGGAAGGUCUGCGCAGGUACACGCCGCCGGCGCGCACCAUUCCGCGCUUCCGCAAGUACGCGGUCGAAGACUACCAGUUCCUCAAGGUCCUCGGCAAGGGCAGCUUUGGAAAGGUUUUGCUGGCCGAGUUGAAAGGAACCGAGUGUUAUUACGCGGUCAAGUGCCUGAAGAAGGACGUGGUGUUGGAGGACGACGACGUCGAGUGCACCCUGAUCGAGCGCAAGGUGCUGGCCCUGGGCACCAAGCACCCCUACCUGUGCCACCUUUUCUGCACCUUCCAGACUGAGUCGCACCUGUUUUUCGUGAUGGAGUACCUGAACGGCGGCGACCUGAUGUUCCACAUCCAGCAGAGCGGCCGCUUUGAGCAGCCGCGCGCCUGCUUUUACGCCGCCGAAAUCGUCUCCGGACUCCGAUUCCUCCACAAAAAGGGAAUCGUCUACAGGGACCUGAAGCUGGACAACAUUUUGCUGGACUUUGAAGGGCACGUUCGAAUCGCCGACUUCGGCAUGUGCAAGUUGCAAAUUUACCUGGACCGGACGGCGGACACGUUCUGCGGGACGCCCGACUACAUGGCGCCCGAGAUCAUCAAAGGGCUGCACUACAACCAGUGCGUCGACUGGUGGUCGUUCGGCGUCUUGUUGUUCGAGAUGCUGGUGGGCCAGUCGCCCUUCAACGGCUGCGACGAGGACGACCUCUUCUGGUCCGUCUGCAACGAGCAGCCCUACUACCCGCGCUACCUCUCCAAGGAGGCCCAGGCCAUCCUCGUCCUGUUGCUGGAAAAAGACUCGUCGAAGCGGUUGGGCACCCCCGAGUGUCCGGCGGGCGAAGUCUUCGAACAGCCCUUUUUCCGCUCCAUCGACUGGCAAGCCCUGGAGCGCAAGGAACUCGAUCCACCCUUCAAACCCAGAGUGCAACACUCGCUGGAUGUGCAAUACUUUGACUCGGCGUUCACGCAGGAGGUGCCCAAGCUGACGCCCGUGGACAAGGACAUUCUCAACUCGAUGGACCAGACGCAGUUCCACGGAUUCAGCUACACCAACCCCAAUGCCUGCAACGAGUGACAAACACCCCACCGAGCCACUCGUGCUGCUUGCAUUUUGUCUGCCUUGGCGAGAGGUUUGCCGAUGGAAGUCGGGAGCAGGAAAGAAGCGGCCUCGGCCAGAUGAUUUGUGUUGGGCUGCGAGUUCGAAUGAAAGAGACAUUCAGUGGCGAAUAUGAACUCGCGCCCCUUUUGUUGCUGCUUGAUUGAAAAAUAAUAUAAAUUAUAUACACGAUUUUCGCCAAAAUAUAGAGAAAAAAAACAACCAUUCACGUCUUGCUACUUUUUCACUCUGCUUUUCUACUGUGUAUAAAAUUAUCCAGAUUAAUAUAUAUGUACACUUUUUUUCUGUAAAACACACAUGCAAGUUUUUAAUAAUAUAAUCAUUACUGUAUUUGUUGUGAUACGCGCGCGCCUAACAAUAUUAUAUAUUUAAAAUUGGUAGGAUGAAAUAUCAUUUUGAAAUGGCAAUCUGUGCCUGUAAAAUUAGAACAGCUUGAUGUUCUGAUCCGCCGGCCGAAAUAAAUAAAAAACUAAUUUUUAAGGUUUAAAGAUAUAUUAUUAUUAUUAUUAAUUUAAUAAAUUUGAAUUGCUCAAAGGCAAAACUACAAAAACGCA